UACAGAAUAGUUCUGUGACGGUCAGUCACAAUACAGAACAGUUCUGUGAGGUUCUGUAAAAUGCCCCCGCGUGACGUCAGGUCCGCGGACAAAGCGGGAAGUUGUACACAGACAGACCCAGACAGCAGCCACACACACAAUACACAACAUACACCAGACCCACAGAAGAUCGUUUGUGCGAACCUCGAGAGGGAACAUGAGCGCUGUUGUUGCGGACCUCGACAACUCCUCCACGCCGCACGACACAAACACAAACACGAAUGCCGGGGCGGGUGAAGGUGGCGGGGUUGAGACAAACGAAGGCACACCCGAGAGCAAUGAGCAGCAUGGCUCGAACGUGGUAGACGUUGCCGGAACCAGCGCUGGAGGCGUGCCCGUACUCAGCCCGAAACCAGUCUACGGCAAGGGCGGAGUGGUAGCGGAGGUGGCUGACGAUAUCGCUGCCGCGGUGGAUACUUUCACCGUGCCGACCGGUUUCGUGAGAAAGGGCUCCCGCGUCGACUCGUUCAUGUACUCGCUCGGAGUGUACGUGGAGCAGAGCGCGGCGCCAAACACAAGUACUACUGCCUGGCUAGCGCAGAGUGUCGGAGGGGUAGGAAGGAGAUUCCGUGUCCACCGGGAGACCGCAGCAACGUCAUCACGCACCUCAAGAGAAAGCACGGGGACCGAAGGAGCGAAGAAGGACGCCACCAGGAAGGAGGGGCAAGGAACCAUCAGGUCGGCGUUGGUCGCGAGCGCCAACUCGAGCCUCGGAAAGAACAGGGUCCGCGGCGAUACUAAAGACGUGGGCGAGGGCGACAGCGAGGACAAGGUGCUCAUGCAGCAGGUCAGCCAAGAACUCGAGCGCUUUCAGGCGCUGUACAUGACGGCAGGAGAGGUGCUUGGAAACCAGGCGGGUGCCGCGCAGGUAGAGCGCGACUUCAGUAGUUGCGCUAAUCUCCUCACGCGCAACAGGAGCCGCAUCGACACCUACUGGGUAGAGAUGGUGAUGUUCCUCCACGUCAACUACAAGUGUAUCCCCGCGUUCAAGGACAUUCCCAUGAUUGCCGCCAAGGAUAUCAGGACAUGUCUGCCGCCACGGUUCAACGGGGGGGAUGCUGACCUGGCGGCCGCUGAGGCUGCCUUCGACGUGAUUGAGAACACCAACAACUCGGACAUCGGCGUGUGAAAGUCGCGAGCGUUUCAUAAGUAGCCUCUUUCUUUGACUCCGUAAGAAGGACGUAGCAGUCAAAGUAGGUUGAGUCGGAGUCGCAUGGGAAGGCUAAGGCUUCUGCUCUUGGGUGUUGUGUUACCGAACUUCAGUUUCGCGGUCGUAAACUAAGUACUGCGCGGCUACGGCAGUUGAUUUGAUUUGAACGAUAGGCUAAUUUCAGUGCUGGGUACGAUUUCUAUUUUGUUCAAUGCUAUAGCGCCCUUGCCUCUCUUCCUGUACCUUCGUCGUAAACACGCACGUCGUCAAACUCGUCAUGUUCUGUAGGGUAAUUCACGGGUACCGCGUAAGUACCGGGGGCUCUUCUGUAGACACAGAGUUCUGUAACACCCCCUGUACCCUACAGAAUAUCUCUGUGCCGCCCCCUGUAUCCUACAGAAUAGUUCUGUAGCACCCUCGCACAAUACAGAAUAGUUCUGUGAGUUCUGUGACACCCCCGGUACCCUACAGAGAGUACUUGUACCCUACAGAACACACCCGUGGAAUAUUUGCCCGAAUAGACCAUACGAUUUCCUAGACAGCCUAUAGGGACAACUCCCCUGUGGGUGACAGGCUCAGAAAAUCAGUUUGGUAGCUGUCUUGUGUGUCUCAUAUAUGUUACGUUGUGUAAUUUCAUGUCGUUAAAUGUGCGAAGGGCACGGGAGAACAUUUUCUCAUCAUUGCCUCCUGAUGACGUGGUCGCCGAUAGAGGCGUGUGGUUGAUGAGGUUCCAUCACCGACAUGUGGGUGUGUGUUAAAUGCAAUGGGUAUGUUCACCUCUCUCGUCCAUAUGUAGGCAGGAGGUAUGGCUAUCUCUCCCAUUUGUGGGCAGCGCGGACCAUAAGUAAAGACAGAGUUGUUUAUCAGUUCAUGCAUGCUACAUCAUUUGUGUUUGACAAGGGAGGAAUGAGAGGUUGCGCGUGUGGGUCCUNCGUCCGUGUUGUUCCCAGAUGUUGUCGCGUCAAGUGGCAGCAUGUGUCAUGGACAGGUAGACGUGGAAGGACGGCGACAGGUGAACGGCAGCAGUAGUAUGUUGUGCAUGGUGGCAUGUUGGGUUUGUACAGAGACGCAGUCCAUCUUAAACCACACACAGAGGGGUUUGUUCG